AAGUUUGUGAGACUCGCAACAGCUAGUUUAAGAGGCUAUAGCUGAAUGUGCAGCAAAGACUCCCAAGUCUAACUGCGCUCUUUGGUUUAAAUCACUCAUUUAGAGGCCAGCAAAAUGGAUAUGAAAAAGAGAAUUCACCUGGAGUUGCGGAACCGAACGCCAUCAGACGUGAAAGAGCUUGUGCUUGACAACUGUCGGUCAAAUGAGGGUAAAAUUGAGGGCCUCACUGAUGAGUUUGAGGAACUUGAAUUUUUAAGCACAAUCAACGUAGGCUUAACAUCAGUUGCCAAUUUGUCAAAGCUUAACAAACUCAAAAAGCUCGAGCUUAGCGAUAACAGAAUCUCAGGGGGUCUGGAGGUACUGGCAGAGAAGUGUCCCAGCCUCACCCAUCUCAACCUCAGUGGCAACAAAAUUAAAGACCUCAGCACCAUCGAACCCCUGAAAAAAUUGGAAAGCCUCAAAAGUUUAGACUUGUUCAACUGUGAGGUAACGAACCUGAAUGACUACAGGGAAAAUGUUUUCAAGCUGCUCCCUCAGUUGAUAUACCUAGAUGGAUAUGACAAAGAAGAUAAAGAAGCACCAGACUCUGAUGCUGAAGCUUAUGUUGAAGGGCUAGAUGAUGAUGAUGAUGAUGAAGAUGAGGGAGAAGAGGAGGAAUAUGAUGAAGAUGCAGCUCCAGAAGAUGAAGAGGAAGGAGAGGAGGAUGAUGAGGAAGAGGGAGAAGAGGAGGAAGAGGAAGACCUCAGUGGAGAGGAAGAGGAGGAAGAGGAGUUAAAUGACGGAGAGGUAGAUGAUGAGGAAGACUUUGAGGAGGAGCGGGGUCAGAAGAGGAAAAGAGAGCCGGAUGAGGAGGGAGAGGAAGAUGAUGAUUGAACAUGCACUCCCCAUUGUGAUCUGACCGUUUAACCCCUGUAUAUCUGUCCUAUUGUCACUCUGCGAUGGUUUGGGGAGGUAUUCAAAUGGUAGAGGGUGGGGUUAGUAUAAACAAGGAUAUGUUUAAAUAUUUGUUUUUAGCUUUUUUUGUUGUUGUUGUUUUCUUUUGGUUUGGUUUGUACUUUUCAGUUUGAUUCCCUUAAUUUUCUCCAAAAGCUUUUCAAGUGGCUGACAACACCGUGUGGAAAUUUAUUGUUGGAAACAAAAAGACCAGUAUACUCUUUGUAAUUUUCCCCUCUCUUUACUGUUGAUGCCUAAAUGCUGGUGAUGACUUAUGUAUUAAAAAAAACAAAAAAAAAAACAACAAAAAAAAAAAAACAACCAAAAA